UGGUGUCAUGAGACCUGGCCUCAAUGCCAUUCUGGGACCCACAGGUGGAGGCAAAUCUUCGUUGUUAGAUGUCUUAGCUGCAAGGAAAGAUCCGCAUGGAUUAUCGGGAGAUGUUUUGAUAAAUGGAGCACCUCGACCUGCCAAUUUCAAAUGUAAUUCAGGUUAUGUGGUACAAGAUGAUGUCGUGAUGGGAACUCUGACAGUGAGAGAAAAUUUACAAUUCUCAGCAGCUCUUCGGCUUCCAACAACUAUGACGAGUCAUGAAAAAAAUGAGCGAAUUAACAAGGUCAUUCAGCAAUUAGGUCUGGAUAAAGUGGCAGAUUCCAAGGUUGGAACUCAGUUUAUACGCGGCGUGUCUGGAGGAGAAAGAAAAAGAACUAGUAUUGGAAUGGAACUUAUUACUGAUCCAGCCAUCUUAUUUCUGGAUGAGCCCACAACUGGCUUAGACUCCAGCACAGCAAAUGCUGUCCUUUUGCUCCUGAAGAGGAUGUCUGAACAGGGACGAACAAUCAUCUUCUCCAUUCAUCAGCCUCGUUAUUCUAUCUUCAAGUUGUUUGAUAGCCUCACCUUGUUGGCUGCAGGAAAACUGAUGUUCCAUGGGCCUGCCCAGGAGGCCUUGGGGUUCUUUGCGUCAGUGGGUUACCAUUGUGAGCCCUAUAAUAACCCUGCAGACUUCUUCUUGGAUGUCAUUAAUGGAGACUCCUCUGCUGUGGUAUUAAACAGAGAGGACCAAGAGGGUGAAGUCAAGGUGACUGAAGAGCCUUCCAAGAGAGGUACUCCAUUCAUAGAAAGAAUAGCUGAGUUUUAUGCCAAUUCUGACUUCUGCAGAAAAACAAAAGAGGAGUUAGAUCAACUCUCAAAGAGUCAGAAAAGGAAGAGCUCAGCCUUUAAGGAGAUCACGUAUGCCACCUCCUUCUGUCAGCAACUCAAAUGGAUUUCCAAGCGUUCAUUCAAAAAUUUACUGGGUAAUCCCCAGGCCUCUAUCGCUCAGAUAAUUGUAACAGUCAUCCUGGGAUUGGUUUUAGGUGCCAUUUUCUAUGAUCUAAAAAAUGAUUCUACAGGAAUCCAGAAUAGAUCAGGGGUGCUCUUCUUUCUGACAACCAACCAGUGUUUCAGCAGUGUGUCAGCUGUGGAGCUCCUUGUGGUUGAGAAGAAGCUUUUUAUACAUGAAUAUAUCAGCGGAUACUACAGAGUGUCAUCUUAUUUCUUUGGAAAACUGUUAUCUGAUUUACUACCCAUGAGGAUGUUACCAAGUAUUAUAUUUACUUGUAUAAUAUACUUCUUGUUAGGAUUGAAACCAGUUGUGGAGGCCUUCUUCAUCAUGAUGUUUACCCUUAUGAUGGUGGCUUAUUCAGCUAGUUCUAUGGCGCUGGCCAUAGCAGCAGGCCAGAGUGUGGUAUCCAUAGCAACUCUCCUCAUGACCAUCACCUUUGUGUUUAUGAUGAUAUUUUCAGGGCUGUUGGUAAAUCUCAGAACUGUUGGGCCUUGGCUCUCAUGGCUUCAGUACUUAAGCAUUCCUCGAUAUGGUUAUGCGGCUUUGCAGUAUAAUGAAUUUUUGGGACAAAACUUCUGCCCAGGAGUCAAUGUAACAACGAAUAAUACCUGUAGCUAUGCAAUAUGUACUGGCGAAGAAUUUUUGCUAAACCAGGGCAUCGAGCUCUCCCCUUGGGGCCUGUGGAAGAAUCACGUAGCCUUGGGAUGCAUGAUUGUUGUCUUCCUUACAAUUGCCUACCUAAAAUUGUUAUUUCUUAAAAAAUAUUCUUAAAUUCCUCUUUAAUUUACAUAAUUGAUUCACACAUUAAAAAGGGAGCAUCUUGAUUUAAGUAUUCAA